GUGCUGCCAGCCUUCCCUCGUUUCCGCCUCCCUGGGCCUCCUGGGAGGCCCUCGUCGCCACGGCUGGACUCGCCUCGAAGUCCUGGUCAGAGCGCACCCCGGGAGAGGUCCGGGGAGUAGCGGUGUCGGUAUCGCUUGGUUUCCUCAUCCACGGCCGCUUCCGGCUCGAGCUCAAGCCACAUGGGCUCGUGUGAGCUUACCGCACUCGCUUCAUACGUGCACCCAUGCCCCGCCUGUGGGGGGCACUGCUGCUGGUAGUACCGUCGGGUACGUCGUGCUUGUCCCUGGGGGGUCAGCUGCCAGGGGCUCGGGACUUUGGGGCGCAGAGCUCCAGCGACGCGAGUGCGGCGAGGCAGAGGGACGAUCCAGACUACAGUCCCUACUUUGAUGAGGACGUGGAGACAGCGAUUCGGACCAGUGCCCUGAUGGGUGGCGCGGGUGGGGGGCGGAUGGACCCGAAGUCAAAAAUUGCCACAUCGAUGUUCACUGAGGUCGACAUGUUGUGCGACACCGUUCCCAGACCUUUGUCUGACCACGACGAACGGUUGGGCUCUGGCAACCCAGUAUGCCGAUACGAGCCGCAGGAGGAUGUGUUGCAGCAUUAUGCUGACCACCCGGCAGACAUUGCCAUCGUCAUCCCGAGCAACUAUGAAAAAGACAAACAUGUGUCUGACAAUGCAAGCGACCACGACCCACUGUUUCUGGGUGUGCUCACCUGGAAGAUGUAUGCCAGAUAUCACGGGUAUGCGUUCUACAGCGGCCCGCCCGAGAAGAGCUGUCCGGAGCUGGAGGAGAGGCAUCCGGCGUGGACGAAGCCGUGCAUGGCCAUGGGCUUGAUCGAGAAGCACAAGUAUCUGCUCGUGGUGGACAGGGACACCACGGUGAUCAAGCCGCGCCUGCGCUUGGAGCCCCUGUUCGCUGCGGCUGGUCUGAUGAACCAAGGGGCUAACAAGGUCCUGGCCGUGGCCGAGGAGUGGGGCUCCUGCAAGAAGGGCGUCCGCUCGCCGCUGAGCGGCGACGUGAACACGGGCAUAGUUCUCGUGAAGCAGUCGCAAGACGCGCGGGAUGCGCUGGCUACUUGGUUCUAUGGCCCCACCUGGUGCAAGAACGUUACUGCGGAGACCCCGUGGACAUACCCGUCUGGUGGCCGUUUCACGAGGAACCCUGCAAUGGGUGCAGCUGCAUCACGCACGGAGUCCACAAGUGGUCGUACGAUCAGAUCGGCUUCUACGCCAGCGUGGCCAGCAACGAGUCUUUCAGCGACAAGGUGACCGUUUUCCGCUCAGGCUGCCCCAUCAACAGCCCUUUUGCAGACUUCAUCCCCCAUCUGGUCUCGGGAUCUCCGACCAAGAAGGCCUACGACGCCAACCAUCGGGAAGUGAUCUCCCAGAACCUGCACGACUGCGUCAGCAAGCUGAUGGACCUGAGGCCGGGGCAGGGCAACCUCUACCAGCGCUGCUCCCUCUGUGACGCCUUGCCACAAGGGUUCCACCCCUACAGCGAAUCAUGGUCCCUGUCGUGCCGCAGUCAUACAUUGGAGCCGGCUGGAGGGCUGAGGUGGCCUGGCUAAGUUCCGGCCAGCAGAAGCGGGGCAGAAAGGGGCCCCUUCGUCGUCACGGCUGGACGUGGCUGGAAAAAUUAGCCAGUCUCGACCCGCCGAGGACCGGUUCGUCUUGUCUUGUCUCGACGAGGGGUUCGAGGACAGAUUUUGAGUCGUCUUCAUCACCCCUUUGACAGAUUUUCUUUGGGUUCCUCCAGCUCAGACCCUUCGGCCGCCUCCAAGUCAUACGCCAGUGCCGAAGCAGGAGCUGGAGGAUUCGCUGGUAGUUAGCGACAGCGCGGCGUGAGGCUCGAGCGGUCCCCGCUACGGCGCCCAGACUCCCGCUCGACGCCGCAGGCCUUGCGAGGCCGCGCGCAAGGGCGGCACGCUGCCAAAAAGGGG